AGGAGGAGCCGUGCGGGGAAGGUCACCGGGAGCGGCACCGGGAGCGGCACCGGGAGCAUGCUGCGGCCCAGACCGGCCGCGCUCGUUCCGCUGAUGAGGGCGGCGGGGGGCGGCCGCCGCUGCCGGGACCCCUCGGGCGGGGCGCGGGUCCCGUCGCUCUGCUCCGCGCCGGCCCCGCAGCCGGUGAUCGCCGCCAAGGAGCCGUUCCCGGUGGAGCUGCAGGCGGGGAAGACGUACGGCUGGUGCGCCUGCGGGCACAGCAAGCGCCAGCCCUUCUGUGAUGGCUCCCACAAGAAGGAGGCGCCGGGGCUGUCCUCGCUGCGCUUCACCCCCUCCCGCAGCGGCCCCGCGCUGCUCUGCGGCUGCAAGCGCACCCGCAGCCCCCCGUACUGCGACGGCUCCCACCGGGGCCGCGAGGUGCAGGCGGCGCCGCUGCCCCCGUCCUGAGCCCGGCAGCACCGGGACGCCCGUCCUGACCCCGGCACGGCCGCAUGGUGGGAGGACGGGCUGCAAACCCCAAGGAAAUCCCAAUGCCGGAGCACCAGGAGCCGCCCGGCUGCAGGGAUUCACCUCCUGACCCCAAAUCAGCCUCUGGACAGUGGGGUUGGCGGGAGGGACCCCAAAUCAGACUCUGGAUAAUGGGAUUGGUGGGAGGGAUCCCAAAUCAGCCUCUGGAUUAUGGGAUUGGUGGGAGGAACCCCAAAUCAGCCUCUCGACAGUGGGAUUGGUGGGAGGGAUCCCAAAUCAACCUCUGGAUAAUGGGAUUGGUGGGAGGGAUCCCAAAUCAGCCUCUGGAUUAUGGGAUUGGUGGGAGGGGCCCCAAAUCAGCCUCUGGAUAAUGGGAUUGGUGGGAGGGACCUGGGGGUGUGAGAGCCCUGGGGUGGGGCACCUGUGGGGUUUGGGAUGGAGGGGCCUGUGGGAGCUGUGGGGUUUGGGAUGAAGGGACCUGCAGGAUGUGGGGUUUGGCAGGAGGCUCUGUGGGGUUUGGCAGGAGGCUUUGUGGGAUGUCUCAGGAGGCUCUGUGGGAUUUGGGCUCUGUGGGAUCUCUCAGGAUGCUCUGGGCAGCCACUCCUGUGGCGUUUGUUCAUUUCCAAAGCCGGACCUGAGGUUUGCAGAGGUUGAACCGAGGACGAGCCCUGGAGAUCAGGAUUAUUCCCAAAGAUCAGGAUCAUUCCCAGAGACUGGGAUCAUUCCCAGGACAAUAAACGGGAUCUGAACACACGGAGGGGUCUGGGAUGUACUGAGAGGAAAACCCGACACCAAAACACCCUCGAACCCAAACCCAAAUCUGAACCCAAAUCAUGCCCCUGCCCAGGCUGGGCAGUGGUUGGACACAGGAAUUGUUGAAUUCCAUAGAGGAAUUGUUUCAUUCCCUGCAGAAAUUUGCUCCUUUCCCACGCUUGCCCCUCUCUGGAGCCUCCUGGCCAAAGGCACCGAAAUCUGACUUUGAUUAUUAUUUUCUUUUAUUCCAAAUGCACCGUGAGGGCGGCAGGAGAGGCUGGGAAGGGCAAGACACCAAAAAUAAAAAAAAAUUGGGAUCAUGAGAAGUGGGGAGCAGCUCCAUCCCAACUUUUGGAUGCCCCCAAACUUCCCUGGAGCCGUCAGGACCUUGGGAAGAGAAAAUAUUCCAGGGAAUUUGUGCUGCUGCUACCAAGCUGGAGGAAAAUGCCCUCCAAAACCCCCAAAUUUACUGUGCAGAAGGGCAGAGCCCACAGGGAACGCAAAGAAAUACCCCAAAAAACACCCAGGAUGAGAUCCAGGAACAGCUGGAGCUGCUGGAGCUGGCAGCUCUGGGCUGGAAUGUGAAUCCCCAGAAAAAAAACAACCCCCCCCCAAAAUCGGAAAUAAAACCAUAGAGCAGAGCUCAGGGAGGCUAAAGAGAGUUUUGGGGUUUGGGGGAUUUUGGGAUUUUUUGGGUUUUGGGGGUUUUUGGGGUUUUGGGUUCUGUGCUUGGCCCUGACCUGUGCGGCCACGGCCCUGGUGGGGAGGGAGGAGGAGGAGGAGGAGGAGGAGGAGGACAGGGAAAAACCUCUGGGAAAAGUGGGAAUGCGGGAAUGGGGGAAUGCAGGAAUUAGGGAAUUUAUGAAUUUGGGAAUGCGGGAAUUUGGGAACAUGGGAAUGUUGAAAUCUGGGAAUGUGGGAAUUUGGGGAUCUGGCAGCUCCGAGCUCCAGGGGCAGGAUGAGGGGGGGCUGCAGCUUCCAUGAAUCAAACCCAGACCUCAAACCUCCCCAAAAAAACCCCAAAACCAAACAAAAACCCACCCAAAACCAACGCAAAGCACAUUUAAAAAUAUCCGCCGCCA